AUGGCAAAAGAUGAUCUUCCAUCAAUGAUUUAUUAUAUACUGAAUGCAACAAAAUAUACACAAAUUGGUUAUGUUGGUCAUUCACAAGGUACAAUGAUUGCUUUUGCUGAAUUCGGAAAUUUAAAUAAUAUUGUUCAAAAUAAUGUUAGUUUUUAUGCAGCUCUAGCACCUGUUGCUCAUCUAUCACACAUAAAAUCACCAUUAAAAUAUUUAUUUAAUACUCCAAAAGAUCCUGAAUAUGUUUGGCAUUUAUUAUUUGGUUAUAAAGAAUUUCUUCCGUCAUCAAAUAUUAUUAAAUGGCUUGCAAAAUAUGCAUGUGGAAGUGUUAUAUUUGAUCCAUUGAUUUGUGAAAAUAUUCUAUUUGUUAUAUGUGGUCCGGAUAAAAAAAAUAUGAAUAAUACACGAAUGGAAGUAUAUGUAUCUCAUGAACCUGAUGGAACAUCUGUUAAAAAUAUGAUUCAUUUUGCACAAAUAUUUCUUUCAAAACAGUUUCAAGCAUAUGAUUAUGGUUCAUCAGAAAAAAAUCAAUUACAUUACAAUCAAACAACACCACCAAUAUAUUCAAUCCGUCCAAUGAAGAUUCCAACAGCAAUAUUUUGGUCAGGUGAAGAUUGGCUUGCUGAUCCGGAUGAUGUUGCUUUUAUUUUUGAUAAUAUUCAAAAUUUAGUUUAUGAAAAAUAUAUAUCAGAUUAUAAUCAUCUUGAUUUCGUAUGGGCUAUGACAGCAAAUAAAAUUAUUUAUGAAGAUUUAAUUAAUCAAAUGCAAAAGUAUCAUCCAUCAAAAUAA